AUGGACCUCCAGGAUUGCCGGUCGCAGUGCUACGACAACGCUGCUGUGAUGGCGGGACACAAAAGUGGUGUUCAACAAAGGAUCAUCGAGAAGAAUCACCUGGCAGUUUUCGUGAACUGCGACAAUCACUCACUCAACUUGACUGGUGUCAACGCAGCCAAACAGGACGUUAUGAUGCGCUGGGAAAAACUCAAGAUUGCUGUUCCUAAAGUUGUGAAAUCGGAGUCAACAACCAGAUGGAGCGCAAAGGUGGAAGCGGUGAAGCCCAUCAACAAUCACCUCGACGAGAUACUCCAAGUACUUCAAGCCAUGAUGGAUGGUGCCACGGAGACCACAGACACACGGAGCGAAGCGAGGCAGCUCUACAACCGGAUGUUGACUCCUGAAUUUUUGACCCUACUUGGAUUUUGGACCAACGUGCUUCUCCCGAUCGACCGAGUCCAGAAAAGGUUGCAAGAUCCGGCGAUGAACUUCCACGAUGCCGCGUUAGACCUGGAAAGCCUACGAGAUCAUUUCUACAACGAGAGGGAAAGACUAGUGAGUAAAGCUCUGGAGGUUGGGCUUAAUCUCUGUCAAGAGUGGGAGGUUGAGACGGAAAGGCGACCAAGACGAAAGAAGACAAUGGCUGGCGAAACAUCUAAAGAUGCUGGAUUGAAAACAACGCAGGAAAUCGAACGAGCUAUGAAGGAGACGAUCGACCGCCUGCACACCGAGAUGGACGACAGAUUCACUCGUUUGCACGACACUGAUGCGAAGUUUGGCUUUCUUCUCGACGUCGAGGGAUUAUGUACCGGUAUCAGCAGAGACAUCUUGAAGACAAAGUGCGAGAACUUCGGCCAGACUUACAACCGUGAUGUUGAUGGUGAGCAGCUGUACGAGGAGAUUUUGGACUUCAGAAUGAUGAUCAGUACGAGGACGAACGUCAAACUAACACGACCUGAAGAUGUUCUGCUGUUCAUCGUGCAAUACGGAGAUGAGAGCGUGUUCCCGAAUCUUCGAAUCGCCAUUCAGAUCUUAUUAACGAUUGCUGUUUCGAUUGCGAGCUGCGAAAGAUCUUUCAGCAAAUUAAAAUUGAUUUUAAACUAUCUUCGAGCCUCCAUGGGACAGGAUCGGUUGAGCGACCUUGCUUUGCUGAGUGUUGAACGGGAAGAGGUCGAGAAGAUUGAUUUUAACUCCAUUAUCGAUGCUUUUGCCGCAGCGAAGGCGAGGAAGAUACACGUUUAG